UGGACGCUUACGCCUUACGCGCUGUAAGGUAGUAAGCGCUUAUAAAUAUCAAAUUUCAUUUUUUUUGUUUAUAAAUAUUAAACAAGAACAAAUGAUGUUUACAAGCGCUUUGAUCGCAAAAGAGUGAACGCAGCCGAUGUUUGUAACAUACGUUGUUUACGACAGGUUACGCGCGAACCAAUCAAAUGAAAGAAUGCAUGGUUUUUUCUUUUUUGACUUGGUCGCAACUGGUCGUAACGUCGUAGAGCAUCGUAACGCGCGACUGCAUACCCGCUAAUUCCGAAAAAAUUUUUUAAUACGACACAUUAGAAUUUGCGAGCAAGUGUCUCCGCUGACAAUCAACGGCCAAAGGUGGCUAUAAAGACACGAUAGGCACAGUCAGUUUUGAGGCGCAUGUGGUAAGUGUGGUAAGGCAUACGUAUACAUACGCGUUACGAUAUGGCCGAGGCCCCUGACGCCCCUGACGCCCCUGACGCCCCUGACGCCACUCGCCACCCUGCCAUCAGCCGUCACUGUCGCUAGCCGCCAGUGCUGCCACCUUAGCCAUCUUAGUUUUUCUCCGCCGCUGCUCGAAUGUGCUCGAAUUCCUCGCGAAUGCUGCGUGUGCCGGCCGGGUGCUACUUAUCGUGUACGUUUCGAGUCGAUUUGAAAUUGUACAUACGCAAAUACGACGGUGAAAAUGUUGAAUGCGCUGAAAGCGGCCCGGAUGAUCGUUUUGAUGCGCGAUGUAGAAACAAUUGCGAAUCGCGAUAUCGCGCGUGCGCGCGCGCGCGCCGAUCGUGUGCUCGCACGCCGCUUUCGUUCGAAUAUUAAUUUCUUAAGAUGCGUUAUUCGCGCAGCGGUAGAAUACGAAGAAUGUCGAAUAUGAAACGUGUUUGAACGGAAUCAAGUGCGUAUCGCGCGGAAUUCUCGCGUUAGGUGUGGCAGAGGUGCGCGCGAUAUAUUUAAUUCUCAACAAUUUUCAUCUACGGAGAAUCGCCAUCGAUGUGUCGUAUAACUCGUCGUAUAUAACGUGUGUAUGUCACGCGAACUUUCCGGUUAUUAGUGUGCGAGUGAUUAACACGACGAGUGAUCGAAUUGGAGCAGCAAUGGCGCGAGACGCGAUCCAUGCACCGAUUGUGAGAGGAGGAGGAGGAAGAGGAGGAGGCCGAGGCCUGGAAAGAGGCAUCAGGCGCCGGCGGAACAACCAUGGAUUAAUGCAGUUUCAGCUCCGCUGUUGCGCAUCAGUGUCGCGAAGUGAGCAUAUCAUCCGCCCGUGCGUCGGUGAUGGUAUACGACGACGUGAACAAGAAAUGGAUACCAAGUGGCAGCUCGUCCGGCCUGUCCAAGGUCCAGCUCUAUCACCAUCAGGUGAACAAUACGUUCCGCGUGGUCGGUAGGAAGCUGCAGGACCACGAGAUUGUUAUCAACUGCGCGAUUCUUAAGGGACUCAAGUACAAUCAGGCCACGGUCACGUUUCACCAGUGGCGAGAUAACAAGCAAGUCUACGGGCUCAACUUUUCCAGUAAAGACGACGCCGAUGCCUUCGCUCGGGCGAUGCUCCAGGCACUCGAUGUGCUGAGCAAUGGUAGCAACAUAUCAAGAAGUCUCGCUUCGACAACUACCACGACUACUCAACAGCAAACCGCCUAUCAACAGCAGCAGCAGCAGCAGCAGCAGCAGCCACAACAGCAGCCACAACAGCAGCCACAACAGCAGCCACAACAGCAGCCACAACAGCAGCCACAGCAGCAGCAGCAGCAACAGCAGCAGAGUCAGGCAAUCGCACAGUAUGAGGAGGAUAUGGGAUACAGUCAAGGUCGUAACGCGCGGAUCUCCUUGUCCCUGAGCCAUCUGCCUACAGGAGGCCAGACGGCCCUGCCCGUGGGCUCUGCCACCACAACCCCCGAGCACCACGUGACCGUUAGUGGUGCUGUUGGCACCAUUCAAACGGGCUGUGCGCGUGGCUCACCGGGCGAUGGACACACGAGAACCAUGACUAGAGAAGACGUGGCAAUAAUUCAGGAACGUAGAAUGUCUCAGCAAAGUCAAGCAACUGCAAGUUCCAAUCCUAUAUCACCUAGCUGCCCAUCUGCUGCACAGCAACAGCAACAGCAGCAGCAGCAGCAGCAGCAGCAACAAUCCGGGCAUCACCGAACCUCAUCGGCGCCGCCGGCGCCACAGCCGCCUCAGCAACCACAACAAUCAGUCCUGCAAGGUGUCGGCGGCAUGGUUCCAAUCGUUCCUCAAAUGUCGGCUGGACCGGGAGUCGGUCCCCCGGUACCACCGCCUCAGCCACCGAUUGCACCUCCCGCCCCACCAUGCCCGCCAACAAUGAUGAAUUUUGGCUCGUCCGCGACACCGGCGCCACCGAUGAUGAUGAAUCAAUAUGCACAAUCACCGUCAUCUCAGUCGAACCUCGCGAAUCAGCAGUCUCAGUGCCAGUCUGUCUACGUUACUAAUCAGGCAAAUCAGUAUGGUGCCGCGUCUGCAGGUAAUCAGUACGCGGGCGUCACUGUUCCUAAUAGUGGCAGCGGUACCGGAAGCGGUGCGGUCUCUGUCGUAGGCCAGAGUCCGAAUCAAUUUCCGCCGUCCGGCAGUCAGAAUAACUUUUACGGUACUAAUAGUCAGACGAGCAAUUACACUACUGGUGGACAAGUUAAUACAGGUCAAUAUAGCCAAUCGGUUGGCAGUCAAGCCGCACAGUACAGCAGCAGUAGUGUUAAUCAGUAUGGAAGUAAUAGUUCAAUAAAUCAGUAUGCUGCUGGUCCAUCGCCCAGUUCGAGUCAAUACGUGGUCGCGCAACCUGGUCAACCACAGUAUGGCAUCCAGGCUCAAGCACAGUACGGUAACACCGGUCAGGUACAAGCAGCUGCCACAGCGAGUUCGACGAAUCCAUAUGGGACACCGUCAAAUUCGGUGAAUCAGUACACUACUGGCGGACAUCACACGGUCAGCGCUAAUGCUUACGCUCCUAUUGCUAGUGGUGGUCCACCGCCGCCUCCGAUGGUAUCGCUUGGCGGACCUGUGGCACCGCCUCCGCCACCACCGCCGCCUGUACCUAACGCUAACAGUUCUACCGCCACCACUAGUUCCGGCUCAUCCGUCGGUUCUUCGAAUGAUCCUCCACCUGAUACCAACUCAUUAGCCGCUGCCCUUCAAGCACGUCUUAAAAAGAAACAGCAACAGUCGCAACCAGUAGAGAACAGCGGCUCGAGUACCAGUAGUAGUGGCAGUGGUAGCGGCGGAGGAGGCGGCAAUUAUGGCACUUUAGGAAGAGGUGGAGGUGGCGGAAUGGCUUCCAUGAUGGAUGAAAUGGCCAAGACAUUAGCGCGCCGACGGGCUGCCGCUGAGAAGAAACAACCCGAACAACCACCGGAACCGGAAAGUUCGCCAGACAAGAAGUCUUGGGACAAGAACAAUGCAUCGAAUAACAAGUUCUCCAACGGCGCCGAAUCACCGAAAUCUGUACGCAAGAGAUUUGGUUCGGCUUCAGAGGAUACUCUUCUCAAAGUAAACGGUGUCAAUGAUGGAACAUCGCUCACUGCGCAAGAGAUGGAGGCCUUCAAAGUGGAGAUAAUUAAAGAAGUGCGGAAAGAAUUUCAAAAGAUGAAGCAAGAAAUAAUCGAUGCCGUAAGAACAGAACUGAAUAAGAGAUAAAGAAGAUUAUAAAAAAAGAGAUGAAAGAUAUAAAACCGAGCUCUCGAAAGCGAAAGGAAUGAGACGAUACAAAAAAAAGUUCAGGAGAGUAAUGUGACUAAGUUGCUCGAUAUCAAAGCAGUAUCACAUAUUGAGAACCACAUACAGGUUUUUACAACAUAUUUACGAGAAUGUAAUAUAAUUACAUUCAUGUAUAUCGAACAUUUAUAUGUAAGUAAAUUAAUCUUAGUGUCUUAAGUGACCGUAAUCUUUUCGUUAUUUGCUACAUAACAAUCGUAACAAAACGUUGAAUCUAUUGAGUUUCAUUUAAUUUAUUUUGCAGGGAAAUUUUUUUUUUUUGUUUUGUUUUGUUUUAUACACGUAUAAAAAAUUGCAAGAAACCCUUACUUAUUUUGAGCGAGAGAAAUAUUUCAGUGAGAAUAUAAAAUAAAUAUACGUACAAUGAAAUACUAUUUGCUUUGUAAUUUAAAGGGAUAUCGAUAAAGACCAAAAAAUGGUGUACUAUUUAUAGUAUAAAUGAUAUGGAUUUCUAUAAUAUUUUAUAAAUAUUUAUUAUAAUGUUCUCAUUUCUCUCUCGUUCUCUCUCUUUCUCUCUCUCUUUCUCUUUCUCUCCCUUCCUCCACCUUCUCUCCCCUCUCCCACUUAUCUUCUCUCACCUUCGCUAUUCCAUUCCAUUCCAUUCCAUUCUUUUCCCCUUUCUUUUUUUCUCAAUAAGUUUGGCCGAUCAAAUAAGAAAUUUUGUAAUUACCGUUAAUAUUAAUUGAUCAAAUACAAACUUAUUACGAGUUUCAGUGCGAAAAUUAUUUAUUUUCCAAGAAGAAACUCAAUUAUUUCAACGUUCGAGUUACGCGUCGUAUAUUUUUAUUGCACAUGAUUAGGCAGAAUUUCUCAAGUGUGUUGAAAUAUUUUUUUACAUAAAACCGAUCUCAUCGUAAAUCAUAUUCUAUGUAGAAUUCUUUCAUCAAUGACGUGGCAUGUGUUUUGUUAACAUUUUUCAUUUUUGUCUUUUAUUUGAUCGACACACGAUGUCGUACGCUGCCAUUUUAAUUUAUUCAAAGGACGUUGUCAAUUUCUAUCGUGACGCGUAUCAAUCUUUGAAAAUAUAACAGGUGAAUACAUUCCAAGAACAUAUAUCUCGUCCCCCGACGCGCUAAUCUCUUAGACAUGUUGGACGUUGUAAAUAGCAAUAAUGACGAUAGACGGAUGCCACGAUCGUUGAUUGUGAAAUUCUCGAGAACAUUGCGCUUAAACGAUAUAUAGUUAAGAAAUUUCCGUGUUAAUCCAUUUUUGGAUGUCGAAUAUCUAAAUUGCGAUUCACGUUUUUCGCAUGUUUAAUACGACGAGUCGUUUUCCAAGGAAACUACUGUCGUACAUUGAAGAUAUUGUUGCACAUUAAAGAUACUUUUGGGUUGGUUAAAAAUUUCCUUGAAAUCUGGUAUUUAUAGUUUCAUAGCUUCUCUUACGAUUAGUAAUUAUCUAAUUAUUUUAUUCAGCUUGCUUUUAACGAACAAACAAAUCUAUUUAUUAGACAAUUUGGUUUGGUCGCAUGCACGAAUAAUUUGAAUAUACGUAUGAUAAAUAGUUUUCUUUUUUGCAUUAUCUUCUAUUGACAUUUAUCUAUACCCUCGACACAUACGAAUGUUAUCGUAUCUAAAUUUUUACGCGAAAAAUCCUGGCUUUCUUUCAUCACUCAAUCAAUUUAAUACAAUCAAUUAGAAUGCGAUAUGUAAUUACGCUUAAUAUUAGCGUAAUAUUGUAAUUACGCUUAAUUUUAUUAUUAUCGCAAACGAUUAUUAUUAUUAUUACUAGUAACAUAUUUUCUAUUUUAUCGAAACAAUCGCGUAAAAUUAUACUGGCUACUGGCUAUUGGCGACUAACAUCUGUGGAAAAUUACGCGCAAUAAAAAAAGAACAAUCCAACUGGUAAUUUAAAAGAUUUUUUUCAAUAUAAUUUAAUAUUAAAAAUAUACAUGUGUAAUACAAAUUUGUUUCUUACAAGAAUCAAUAUUUAUUGUUAGAUAGGAGAAGGAACAAUCUUUUGUCACACAAUUCGACAUUGAUUACACUGAGCCUUUUUAUCUGACACCAAUCGGUCAAUUUUCUACAAGUGCUUCAUCAAUGGUAAAACAUUGACCACGAGUAAUGUGGAGAGUAACGUACAUCUAUCUAUUUCUUAUCGUAAAAGCCACUUUGUACCCGAAUUUUCGUUGGUAGUCGUUUACCAAUUCACGGUAAAACUUGGAAGGCUGAAUUUUACACCGUUUUUUAUUACGCAAUGUUUUAUUGCGCUUUAUUACAUACAAUUUUAUUACAUUGGCACGCUAGUUUACGAUAAGCGUAAUCGUAAGAACUCUUGAUAAUCAUUCCGAAGGAAUUAGAGAAAAGACAGUUUCUAGUCGAAUUAUCGGAGUGAGAAAUAUAAUUUCGCAAGGAAAGAUAUCAAAUUUUGACAGCAAGCAUUGAUAAAUCAUAUAUGUAGAUGCCUUAUUUUUAAAUCACAUAAAUGUCAUAUAUAUAUAUAUAUAUAUAUAUAUAUAUAUAUAUAUAUAAAAUUUAUCACUUACGAUAUUUCAGCAGUUAUCUCUUUUUUACAUUUUCAUUUAAAUAUUUAUUUAAUUAUGAUGUUUUAUUUCAUACGUAUUAUAUUUGAUACGCGUGUGGCGUAUUUAACAUUUAUUUCUAUCCUGUGUACCUCUUCGAGAAAAUGAUUUUUGCGAUAAUAAGUUUGAUGGCGCGCGUUGCCGAUAUAUCCCCCGAGAUGGAUCGAACGUUUUGAUCGGUAAUCGAGAGAUAACGCGUAUGCAAUUUACAAAUGCACUGUCGAGUGCGCGCAAUUGUCUUUUUAUAUAGAUACAAAAUAUUUAUACUACUUUCCUAUCUUCUUUAUUUCUCGAGGCAUUCCUGUCUGCCCCUUUUUACUACUAUACAUAUUUUAUACUUGAUCUUUGUACAUAUAAAUUCAUCUAGCGUGGGAAUCUUCCAUUACAAUGUGUAUUUAUUUUAUUCAUCUUUUCUCUGUCUUCUUUCUUUUUCUCAAGUGAAGCUAUCACAAUGUGCGAGAGAAGAAGAAAAUGUGAAAAUAUUAACACGAAGAACAAGGUUUUUUAACUAUUUCGAAUGUUCCUCUAGCUGCGACUUCAGAGCUCGUUCUCUUAUGCUGUUGUACGCUUUUCUUUUCUAUUUCUGCUUUUUUACUUUCCUCUUGUUUCUUUUCUCCUUACCUCUUUUCCGAUAUACAAGAUGUUUUACGUAAUCCACCCUCUUGUAAUUAUAAUGGCAAAAUCGUUCAAAUUUCGAGACGAUUUUUCCUCAACUUUUGAGAAAGAAAAACUGUCGUUUGUUACUUCUUUAAUAUUUAAUGUUAAACAUCGUGAUAAUUAAAAUGUCCCAAGUUAAUUUUAUUUACAUAAAUUAAAUCUAUAGUUAAAGAGAAAGACAAAAGCAAGAGAGAGAGAGAGAGAGAGAGAGAGAGAGAGAGAGAGAGAAAUAUACUAUGUAUUAUAAGUAAAAAUAAAUUAUAUAUAGAUAUACAUAUAUAAAAUAGAGGAAUAUUUUUAAAUAAAGAUAUAUAUAUACUAUUAUAUUUAUAUUAUAUUUAUUAUAUGCUUCUCUCUAUAAAGCUUAAUUCGGGAAAAGUUUUUUAUUUUUAAUCGUUCUCGAAUCGUAACUCGAAUAAUAUACACGAGAAGUAUAUUGACAUGUCGAUAGUUUUUUUUUUUUUUUUUUUUUUCUUGAGGAAGGAUCUACUCGAAAUUGUGCUCGUAGAAAGGGGGUUGUUAAAAUUAAACACAGUCAUCGUAAAACAUCGUGUAUAUUUACGACAGCUAUGCGUUGAUAAUUCUUUCGCUUCUUUUCUUCCUUUUUCACGCUGUUGUUUGCCAUUCUCGUUAAUCUAACACAUUUUUAUCGCGUCAUUAGAGUCUACACGAUGUUUGCGACUACGCAUUAUCAAAGUUGCGAUAUUAUGCAGAAGCAUAUUAGUCGCAAAUACUUUUUUGCACGUAGCCACAGUAUAUUGAGUAUUAAUAGUGGAACUAUAAUUUUCAUAUCAUAGUAGUCUUAACGCGAGUAUUAAGUGUGUUUUUGUGUUAAGAUUGAUAAAGUUAUUUAAUGAGAGCGGGCCGAGAAGGGGUUGGGAUAAUAACGUGGAGGACGGUGAUAAAAAGGGUUGUCGCGACCAAAGCCAAUGAGAGAAGCACUGCGUAUCGCCAAGUUAAAAUGUCAACGCGAUCGAAUGCACAAACGACUCUAAAUUCGACACGUUUAAGACGAGUGAGACCAACGACGGAAAUCUUUAAUGAUUUAUUUAUUAAUAAUUAAUUUAAGUGGUGGUUAUAAAAUUGCAUUAUUUCAUCCAUCUCUUUCAAAUUUUCAAUAAGCGAUCAUUCUAAAAGCUAAGAUUCUACAUUUGUAUAUUUUUCAUCAUAUUCUAGAUUGUGUUCUGUUUCCUCGCGUCUUUAUUAAGAAUUAUUCUUAAUUAUCUUUUUAUUUUUUUAAGCGAUAAUAAAAAUAUACAAAUUAUAAAAAGAAUUAACGACUAAACACAAUAACAGUGAGAUUAAAGAUUAAUAUUUCGUCACUAAGAAAUAAUUUCGUUGACAUAAGCAGUUGUAAUUAGUGCGUAACAAUUGGUGUGUAACAUCCAUUUGUUACCAAUCGUCGCUGGCUUCACUCGUGUAAGUGAAAAUGUUGGUGUUUAAGCUGUGUUUAGAAAAGUGCGUGCCGAAUGACUGCGAAUUAACAUAUGUAAACAUUAAUUAGUAAGCUGUGUCGUAAGUAUCACGAUAUCGCAAAGAAUUCUACCUUCCAUGGUAUCCUUAAUACUUUUAAACGUCGCUUCGUCCUGCCUUCGAUAUACAAGUGAUACGUGAAAAAAUUGCAAGCGCGCGCGCGCGCGCACACACACACACACACACACACACACACACACACACACCACUCGUAACAUGUGUGAGAGAGGGGGGUGGAGAGAGAGAGAGAGAGAGAGAGAGAGAGAGAGAGAGAGAGAGAGAGAGAGAGAGAGAGAACAUGAAUUGGGACGAGCGACUUGCACGCGAUACAUGUGGUUUUUCUAGUUUAACGAUCAAACGCAUAUUCAGAUAAAAUUUCUGAAUCAUCGAUAUUCCAAUAAAAUUCGCGCAAGACGAAAAGUGAAUAAUAAUUAAAAAAAAAAAAAAGCGACUUUUGUCAUUGUUGUAAGAUAAAAUACGCCGAUAAUUACCCGAAUACAAAGCGUAAUCAUACGAGACGCAAAUGGAUGGCGUCGAAACUGUCUAGCUUUUACGUAAGAGAGAAGAGAACUGUUUGAAAUCGAUAUAAAUAAGGUUUGGAUUUCGAUGAUAGAGGUACGUGAAAGCGAUCUCUAUGUUUACUCUCGGCAUGGAAAGAAUGGAACGAUGGGUCUGUGUGACGUUGAGUACAUUUUUGCAGUAUCGAACGUUGAACUCGACGAGUUUAAAAUUAUUACUGCCGAAAAGCACGCUGCACGUGCGAGGAUACAUUAUGCGAAUCAUAAGUCGCCGUUGUUGGCAUGCCGAACUUUACCUCGAAUUGUGAUAUGUUGUGCUGAAUGAUCGCGUGUGAAUCAAACAGCGUCCGUCAACAGCCAUCGACUGCCAAAUCCUCGAGAUUUCUCUCAUUCCUCGCAGCGUGCGUUAGGAUUCGGAAGGGGAGCUUACGGGCGAGAGAGCGAGAGAGCGAGAGAGCGAGGGAGCAGCUCGUCGUUGUAUAAAUCAGCGCCUUUUUUACAAACAUCUUUUUAAAUUCUUUUAACGAGAGGCCGGGAGAAUCUACGAGUACGAUUCGUACUCGCUAACUUGUUGUUGAUUAUCUACAUCGAUCUUAUUCGGUGCUGAGGAGGAAUCUGACGGGGAUAUGAAUCUUUUCAAUCUUUUUAUGACGCACACUUUUAUCAUUUCCUCGAGAUUGUGAACCUAAAUAUUUCUCUAUCUCUUCCUGUUUUGUUUUUUUUUCUUUUUUUUUCUUUUUUACGAAUAAUUUAUUUUUCUCGCACAAACGGAAGAGCUAAAUCACAUGAACUGCGUAAUGAUGCGCGAGCACCGAAAGAGUUGCGGACGAUUUACUUUUUUGAAAGUGGACGAGACGAGCUCAAGGUUAAUGUAAUAUUUUAAGUGAAUGAGAUAAAAAGAGAGCGAAAAAAACUACUUUGUAUCGAAAGAUACGUUCUUUUAAUUGUAACGUAAGCGCGAAAUACAGCGAGCACCGAAUAUGGCUACUACUUCGUUUCAUAAGACGUAUCUUGAAAAUAUUUGUAUGUAAAUGAAUGAUAAAACAAUAAAAAGAGUAUACGCUGUACAAA